UUGAUGAGUCCCACAAUGAAUCCCUAUGCUGCAGUGUUGGGUCAAGUGGUGGACCACAUGCUGGCCGAAAGGGACGCUGAGGUGGCAAGUCAAUUGGUGCGUCAAAAGCUGGUCAUGUUGAUGCACACCAACGUGACUGAGAUUGCAAUGAGCAUCUCGAAUGCCGCCAGUCAUGCAGGUCGAACUGUGCCCUGUUAUUUUGAUGUGGAACGCACAUUUCGAUUGCUUGGAAUACGUGCCCAAGAUUUGGAGACUCUGCGUAAUGCCAAUUACCAGGUGAAGCCGGACAUAACGAAUAUCUUGGCGGUGGAGUUGCGCGAUGAGGAUAUCCAUAAGAGUCCUCAGCUGGAUAUCAAUCAGCAGCGUGGCAUGCGUAGUGGUCAUCAUAUACCCAAAUAUCUGCCGCCUUAUCCCAGUCUGCACACCUACAGGAACACCAUGAUGGACAUAUUCACCGACAGGAACUACAUCUCGGAGCGGGAACGUCUUGCGCAGCAUCAUCUCAACACCCAGAGGGCCAUCAAUGGAUUCUAUUUGCGGACAGAGCCAACUACUUCGCUAUUUACUGAAUCUGAAGAUGUCACGGAAUUCAUGGUGCUCACUGUGAACAUACCUAAGAAACCUGCAUAUCUGGAAGCUUUAAUGCCACGGGAUGAGGUCUUCGAUGUGGACAUUUAUGAAUUUAAAGAGUCACCAAGUAAUAAUGGUGCGCUUAGUAAUGCCUUCCUCAGAGAGCCACAAAUCGAGAACACUAGUUCAAGUGAUUAUUUUAAGGAGGAAGUGGGCUUUAGUUUGGAAGAGCAAGCAGAUCAGGAAGAAGUUGAUUGGAGUCUGGGUGAGCAAGACGAUCAGCAGGAAGUUGAUUAUAAUUUUGAAGAGCAAGGAGAUCAGCAAGAAGUGGAUUAUAAUUUAGAAGAGCAAGAAGAUCAGCAGGAUGUUGAUUUUAAUUUUGAAGAGCAAGAAUAUCAGGAGGAAACUCAAUUCAAUUUUGAAGAGCAAGAAGAUCAGCAGGAAGUGGAUUAUAAUUUUGAAGAGCAAGGAGAACGGGAGGAAAAUGGUUUUAAUUUAAAUGAACAAGAUCAGCAGGACGUUGAUUUGAAUUCAGAUGAGCAAGAAGAUCAGGAAAAAUAUAAUUUAAAUAUGUUGGCAAUGCCAACACUUGAUGAUGAUGAUGCUGACGAUGAUGAUGAAUGGGAAAGCGAUGAAAAAGAUGAUGAUGGGAAUGAGUUAAUGCUGGACGCUUAAGGACACU